AUGUGGAGACAUGAUUGCAACAGCAGCGGCUCGAGAAAUCUCUUCAAGCACGUUGAACUAGCUCUCACCUUCUUGCCCAUUAAUUCUCGUGAUUUUCAAGCCUUCAGGGGAGAUUUAGAGGCUAAGAAAAAGCCCUUAAAGAUUAUUCAGGUACCUGAGAAGUUGGGCAAACCACUCCGGAGCGUUGAAACGGGUCGUGCGUUCCAAGGAGUUAAUAUUCUCUCCCCGCAGCACAGUGUUAAGGCUCCCCAUUGCCCACAGGAGAAGCCUACACAGCUGCAACGGCUUAGGGGAAGGUUCCAGGCCAAGACGAAGCUGAAUCGGCCUCGGAUAAAUCCUUCCAACCCUACUCAGUUGAAGACUGAUAUUGCAACAGCAGCUUCGAGCGCAGGACCUAGGGAUGAUCUAUUCGACGCACUGGUGGACAGCGGUGCGUCCCACUCGGUGUGUGACCGCGGGACGUUGGAGAAAAUUGGAGAGAAGACGGAACAGACCCGGUUUUCAGCAACGAUGGUGGACGGUACGAAGCUUCCCAUCCACGGCGAAGCAUCACUGCAGCUGCACAUAGAUUUCCUGAAGCGGUUCAACCCCGAGAUCGAUUGGGUCAACAGCAAAGUGUGCAUCUACAACAACGGGAAGCGGAUAGCACUGCGAAGCUGGACGGAUACAGGGGACGUUCCUGAAACGACACUGGCACGGUUCGAACGGACGGUGAACGAGAGUAACACGGGUUACUUAGCACUGGUCAUGGCAGCAGCAGAGGAGGAGAAGCCGAGUUCGGAGCUACCUGCAGCAGUAAAGGAGGUCUUGGAGCAGUACAAAGACAUAAUGCCCGACGACCUACCCGCAGGCGUACCUCCAGCACGCACCCACGAGCACGAGAUCGUGGAGGAACCAGGUGCGAAACCCGUCUCACGUGCACCAUACCGACUGAGUCCGACCGAACUGACAGACAUGAAGAAACAGAUCGAAUAUCUACUGGACAGACAACUGAUCCGCCCAUCCACCUCUCCCUACGGUGCACCAGUUCUCUUCACACCGAAACCAGACGGCAGUUUACGGAUGUGCAUCGACUACCGCGCACUGAACAAACAGACAGUUAAAAACAAAUAUCCCAUUCGGCGCAUCGACGACUUACUGGACCAACUGCGUGGUGCAACAGUCUUCUCGAAGCUGGACCUACGGUCGGGUUACUGGCAGAUCAAGAUGGCGGACAACUCGAUCCACAAGACGGCGUUCCGUACGCGAUACGGCUCCUACGAGUACUUAGUGAUGCCGUUCGGACUCUGCAACGCACCAGCGACGUUCCAGGCGGAGAUGAACCAUAUCCUACGGCCCCUGCUGGACGAGUGCGUAGUAGUGUACCUGGACGACAUUCUCAUCUACUCCAAGAACAUGAAGGAGCACGUGGAGCAUCUGCGGAAGGUGUUCGAGAUCCUGCGGAAGAAUAAGUUCUACGUGAAGCUGUCGAAGAGCGACUUCGCACUGAAGAAGGUGCAGUUUCUCGGGCACAUGGUGAGUGCUGAGGGCGUACACGUGGACCCGCGGAAAAUCGAAGCCGUCAAGAAGUGGAAAGUUCCAGAGAACGUGAAGGAGUUGCAGCAGUUCCUCGGCUUCGCCAACUACUACAACAGGUUUGUGCCGCAGUACGCUAAGAUUGCAGCGCCACUGGCAGACCUACUAAAAAAGGACACGCCCUUCAAAUGGAGUGCUCCUCAUCAGCAAGCCAUGGAACAGCUACAGACAGCACUGACCACAGCGCCAGUACUCAUCCUACCAGACCCCGAGAAGGACUACGUAGUUGAAGCGGACGCUAGUGACCAGGCAGUCGGAGCAGUACUGAUGCAGGAUCACGGGAACGGUUUACAGCCUAUCGCCUACCUCAGUAAGAAACUGCACGGAGCAGAACUGAACUACCCCAUUCACAACAAGGAAGCCUUAGCUAUAGUCGUAGCCUUCAAGGCAUGGAGGUGUUACCUAGAGGGAGCCAAGACCACAGUCUAUACAGACCACUGCAGCCUCAAGUACCUGAAGUCGCAGCCGACGCUUUCACGACGACAGGUGCGGUGGGUGGAUUUCUUGGAGACCCACUUCCACUACGACAUCGUCUACAAACCCGGGCUCCACAACAAAGCAGACGCGUUGAGCCGCCCAGGUCAUGUAGCAGGCAUCCAGCUCGAAGGGAUGAACCCUCUGCUCAAGGGUCUAUUCCAACAUGGGUACUCCGUGGACGGCGAGAUCGCUACAGCAGAGAAACAGAAGCUGCUACAGUGA